AUGUCAGGAAUCCGUCAUUUGGUGUCAAUUAAAGAUUUGACCGACAAAGAGUUCUCGAUUUUGGUCGAUAGAGCUGAAUAUUUCAAGAGCAUAUUUAAAAGUAAUGAGACCAAUGAGUUUCAGAAGAAUCAUUUAAAAUUGUUGGGUAGAACCAUUGCAUUGAUCUUCUCCAAGAGAUCAACUAGAACUAGAAUUUCUACAGAGGGAGCUGCCACAUUUUUUGGUGCCCAGCCCAUGUUCUUAGGUAAGGAUGAUAUUCAAUUGGGUGUCAAUGAGUCAUUUUACGAUACUACAAAAGUUGUUUCUUCGAUGGUGUCAUGCAUCUUCGCCCGUGUGAACCAUCAUGAUGAGAUUCUACAACUGUGCGAACACUCAAGCGUACCUAUCAUCAACUCCUUAUGUGACAUGUUCCAUCCAUUGCAGGCCAUUUGUGAUAUGUUAACCAUUAAGGAGCAUCUAGACUACUCGAAAAACAAGCUAAAAGUAGCAUGGAUCGGUGAUGCCAACAAUGUCAUCAACGACAUGGCUAUUGCAUGUCUGAAACUUGGGAUGGACGUAGCAGUGGCUACUCCUCCUGGUAUUGAAUUGGACCAAGGCAUCGUCAAUGCUGGAAAGGAAAUUUCUGAAAGAAACAACACAAAAUUGACUACGACUCACAACUCCGUAGAGGCCGCUAAAGGUGCGCACAUCCUGGUAACCGACACUUUCAUCUCGAUGGGUGAAGAAUAUGCUAAGGUUGCUAAAUUGAAGCAGUUCAAAGGAUUUCAAAUCGAUGCCGAAUUGGCCAAACAUGCUGAUCCAAACUACAAGUUCAUGCACUGUUUACCAAGACACAAUGAGGAAGUUAGUGAUGAAAUCUUCUACAGUAAACACUCGAUUGUGUUUGAGGAAGCUGAAAACAGACUGUACGCUGCAAUGGCAGCUAUUGACGUCUUCGUAAAUAACCACGGUAACUUUGAUGACUUGAAAUGA